ACGAAUAUAACAAGCGCAAGUGGACGAGAAAAAAUUAUUUGCAAAUUGUGAACGCAAGUGACUGGUUGUCUCUUACAAAAUAGCUAAAAAGGGCUUACGUAUAAUUGCUUAAUCGUUUCAUUUAAAGAAAGUGUAAAGAAAAAGGUUUAAAUAGUGAAUUUGUAAAGCCUACAAUACCGGAGUCGCAACGACGAGACAAUCGGAGGGCAGCAAACAAUUGCCAUAAUUCCAUUAGUACAGUGCGUUUACAGUCAGCUUCAGGAAAUACGCAUAAACAAUAAAUAGAUUUAACGCCAAAAUGCGCGCAGUAUUAAUCUUCGUGGCGUUGUUCGCCUACGCCAGUGCGGUCUCGUUCAGCGACCUCGUGAAAGAAGAGUGGUUUGCCUUUAAGAUGGAGCACAAUAAGCGCUAUUCCAAUGAAGUGGAGGAGCGUUUCCGUCUUAAAAUUUUCAAUGAGAACAAAUUGAAGAUCGCCAAACAUAAUCAAUUGUAUGCUGCCGGCAAAGUUCCAUUCAAAAUGGGAGUAAACAAAUAUUCCGACAUGUUGCACACUGAGUUCCGUGAGACCAUGAACGGCUUCAACAACACAUUGAGAAAGCAGAUGCUCGGCAUUAGUAAAUUCAGCGGCGCCACUUUCAUUUCACCUGCCCACGUCACUGUACCUAAAUCUGUAGACUGGCGAGAUAACGGCGCUGUUACCGAUAUUAAGGAUCAAGGUCACUGCGGUUCCUGCUGGGCCUUCUCCACCACUGGCGCACUCGAGGGUCAACACUUCCGCAAAACAAAUACGCUGAUCUCACUCUCCGAGCAAAAUUUGGUCGACUGCUCUAGCAAAUAUGGUAACAAUGGCUGCAAUGGUGGUCUGAUGGACAACGCUUUCCGCUACAUUAAGGACAAUGGUGGUAUUGAUACCGAGAAGUCCUAUCCCUAUGAGGGCAUUGAUGACUCCUGCCAUUACAAUCCAUCGACUGUGGGCGCUACCGAUCGCGGUUUCGUCGACAUACCUGCCGGUGAUGAGGAGAAAAUGAAGCAAGCUGUUGCCACCAUUGGUCCAAUUUCGGUAGCCAUCGAUGCGUCGCAUGAGUCAUUCCAAUUCUAUUCGGAAGGUGUUUACGUGGAGCCCUUGUGCGAUGCAGAACAAUUGGAUCAUGGUGUGUUGGUGGUUGGCUAUGGUACCGAUCCCAGCGGUCAGGACUACUGGCUGGUGAAGAAUUCUUGGGGCACCACCUGGGGCGACAAGGGUUACAUUAAGAUGGCGCGCAACAAGAAAAAUCAAUGCGGUAUUGCUUCCGCUUCUAGCUACCCAAUGGUUUAGGUCGUAGGCCAUCUCCCUCUAACAUCACAGGAACCAAAUUCAAAUUAAAUUCUAAAAUAUGUAUAUAUAAGAUUUAUAGUAUGCUAAUUACUUUUUUUGUAUUCAAAAAUGAACUUGUCACUUUUUAAGAGUUUUUAUUUUUUGUUGAAUAUGUGGACUUAUAUAUAUAACAAAACAUACACCACCUUCACCGCCAUCAAUAUACAAUAGUAUAUACGAGUAUAUGAAUGUAUGAAUCGUACUAUAUAAUAGUUGUGUAAAAAUGUAUAAAUAAAAAAUCCAAAAAAAAUAAUCUUGA